UCUUUUCUUCAGAUAUGCUGCCAGACCUGCUGAGCUUCCAGCAAAUUCUAUUUUUGUCCCUGCGCAAUGUAACCUGUAUGCCUCUGUCUAAAUCUUUCUGAUCUGUACAUCCUUGCUUACUAUGAUCCACCUGUACUGCUUGUAAACUGUACUUCAGUACUUGUGAUGAUAAAUCAAUCAAUUAAUCAAUCAACUGCUGGAGAAGCAUCCACGUGAAUGCGUAGGAAGCACACAGGGCAGUGAAGUUCUCUUGUUCUGCAGAAAUAUCACAUCACUAAACCACUGAGUGAGCUCAGAGAUAAUAGGAACUGCUGAUGCUGGAGUCAGAGACAACACAGUGUGGAGCUGGAAGAACACAGAAGGCCAGGCAGCAUCAAAGGAGCAGGGAAGCUGACGUUUGGGUCGGGAACCUUCUUUAGAUGCACUGAGUGAGCUUACUUGCAUCAAGUAUGCUAUAUGGUCAAGAAGACAAUUUUCUCAACAUAUCGCCAGAUGGGCAAAAUUGAUCUUUCCUUGAGAAGAAAAUGGAGGCAAUAAAGAUAAAGAUUGAUGAUCUGCCUGAUUUUUUCGAAAACUACACUGAUUUUGAGAACUACACUUUUGGUCCUUAUGAGUCACCUUGUCAUCCAUUCAUUAACAGUCAUUCAAACAACAUUAUAAUUGCCAUUGUCAAUAGCCUGGUGUGCUUCCUCGCUGUCACAGGGAACAUGAUUGUAAUGACUGUCCUACUUCAUAAUCGAAAUGCCUUAUCAUCCACAGACACCUACCUGCUGCAUCUGGCAGUGGCUGAUCUGCUCUUUGCUGUGACCCUGCCUUUUUGGGCAGUGGAUGCUGUAUCUGGCUGGGUGUUUGGUGAUGCCAUGUGUAAAAUUAUCAGCAUGUUACAGGAGAUUAACUUCUACAGUGGGAUUUUAUUGCUGGUUUGUAUCAGUAUUGAUCGUUUUCUGUCCAUCAUCUACGCGACGCAGGCCCACAAGCAGCUGAAUCCGUUAAUAAUUAAGUUUGUCUGUGCUGCAGUUUGGGUGGGGGCUACUGUCUUGUCUUUGCCUAUUCUGUACAAAGGUGAAUACCAUCUAGAGGAUUUGAACAGAAAUCUAUGCUAUGAGCUACUUGAUGGUGAAUCGGCUGAAAAAUGGAGAGUGAUCACUAGACUUUUGCGGCAUUUAAUUGGAUUUCUCAUUCCAUUGGCUGUCAUGGUUUUCUGCUACAGUGUGAUAAUCCAGAAACUGUAUCAAACAAAGGGAUUCCAGAAACAUAAAGCCAUGAAAGUUAUCAUCGUGGUGGUGUUGGCUUUUGUCAUUUGUUGGUUCCCACACAAUAUUACUGUGUUCAUUGACACACUGAUGAGGGGUAAACUCAUUGCUCAGACUUGUAACAUGCGCAAUUACAUUGACCAGGCUUUGUCUGCAACUCAAAUCUUGGGAUUUCUGCACAGUUGCAUGAAUCCAAUCCUGUAUGCAUUCAUUGGGGUGAAAUUCAGGCAUAACCUGAUCAAACUCAUGGGUUCAAAAGGCAUCUUUGUCCCAAGUGAAACAUCAUGUGAGAGAUCUACACCCGUCUCAGAAUUAAUUUCAGUCAACAUAUAGACUCUUUAGUGGCAGGAUUAUGGUGAUCCCAACUCUAUCCUCCCAUGAGCAUAUUUUCAGCAGGCAGUGCACACUAAUAUCACAGGUUAAUCUGUUCCCACUCAAUUGGUCCUGCCUUGAUCCCCCCAAUAGUGUAAGUGGGUAACUGUUAAAAAUGACAGCCUGAAUGUUAUUUAAAAAAUAAAUUCUUAUCGUGCAAUUGAACUUGUUCACAUGCCAGUUGAAUCAAAUAUCACAUCGACCACAUCAUAAUAUCAGGCUAUUGCUUCCGCAACUGUCACUAACCUCACCUCAUCUGGGGAUCUCCCCCACUGGGAUUUCCCAUCACAGACUCCAGCCCUGCCCAGCUCACUUUGAUGUUCUUCUCAAAAUCCACAAACAGGAAAGCCUGGGGAAACCUAUUGUUUCAGACUCUUCCCGUCCCAUGGGGCUUAUCUCGUCCUAUCCUGUCUUGCUUUUUUCUCCUCCCGUUUUCAGUUCUUCCCACUUAGAUUCACGAUUCUUCAGAUAUUUACAUUGGUUUCAGAAUUUCCUGCUUGCAGGCUACAGUCACCUCCUCUUCACUCUGCACCCAUUUACACACUCAUCCUCUAUCAGAAUGGUCUUACUGCUCUCUGCUUCUUCCUUGAAAGAAGGUCUUAACCAUCCCUAUCCACCAGUGACUGUAGUACUCCCAGCUUCCGGCCUGCUCUUGUGGCCACUGUGUUAAUGUGGUGAGUCCAGUUGAGUUUCUGGUCAAUGGUAACCCCCAGGAUGUUGACAGUGGGGGAUUCAGUGAUGGUAACACCAUUGAAUGUCAAGGGACGGUGGUUAGAUUGUCUCUUAUUGGUGAUGGUCAUAGCCUGGCAUUCGUGUGAACAUAGAACAUAGAACAUAGAACAUUACAGCACAGUACAGGCCCUUCAGCCCUCGAUGUUGUGCCGACCUGUCAUACCGAUCUCAAGCCCAUCUAACCUACACUAUUCCAUGUACAUCCAUAUGCUUAUCCAAUGACGACUUAAAUGUACCUAAAGUUGGCGAAUCUACUACCGUUGCAGGCAAAGCAUUCCAUUCCCUUACUACUCUCUGAGUAAAGAAACUACCUCUGACAUCUCUCCUAUAUCUUUCACCCCUCAAUUUAAAGCUAUGCCCCCUCAUGCUUGCCGUCACCAUCCUAGGAAAAAGGCUCUCCCUAUCCACCCUAUCUAACCCUCUGAUUAUUUUAUAUGUUAAUUAAGUCACCUCUCAACUUUCUUCUCUCAAAUGAAAACAGCCUCACGCCCCUCAGCCUUUCUUCGUAAGACCUUCCCUCCAUACCAGGCAACAUCCUAGUAAAUCUCCUCUGCACCCUUUCCAAAGCUUCCACAUCCUUCUUAUAAUGCGGUGACCAGAACUGUAU